AUGGUUCCAAGACCACAUCUCGUUCGAAUAACACCCCACCCGGGCUCCUCUAAGAAGGAGAUUGAAGAUGAGCCGGACUGGGGAGGGAUCCAUCAGAACCGUAUUGGCUUCUUGAACCGGCAAGAGCGCCCAACUGGCCAUACUCACCAGGGUGAUGACAAGAAAGAAGAGGGUGGUGUAGACGAUAAAACCAAGGCAGAAGUCAAAGGACUUGUUACCUUCCGCGAUGACUACCAUCUCAUACGGCCAGAUGUUCAUUCGGCAGGAUGGCGUUACGUGCUUUACUCUUCUGAAGACUGGAUCAAGAACACCCAAGAAUGGCCCGCGAACAUAGAGAAGCGAAAGGCAGCUGAGAAGGCAGCAAAGCUCAAGGAUGAAGAGCAGAAAAAAUCGGGCCAGACUAACGGAGUAAAGCAAGAGGAUGAUUGGAGAAGAGAGGCGGGACAGAAUAAGCAUCAUGAUGCAUAUGCUAGCAACGUCAAUGGCGACAAAGACCAGCAGGGUAAGAAUGACGCUCAAGCAGGGAAUAAAGUGGAGGGCGAAGAUGAGAAACUUCAACAAAAGUAUACGCCACAAGAACUUGCCCUCCUCCAUAAUCUACAGCAGGAGAAGGACUACGUCUUCAAGUUGGAGCAGAAUGACGGCAAGAAAAGGUCACCAGUCGCAGAUGGGCGUCAGUUAAUUUCCCUUGAUGAAGUCGAUCAAUUUACCCCGGACAACUGGAUCCCACGGUCUGAUAAGCUUAUUCGCCUUACAGGAAAUCACCCGAUGAAUGCAGAGCCACAACUAACAUCUCUCUUUGAUGCUGGCCUAAUCACCCCAAACGAGCUGCACUACGUCCGCAACCAUGGCCCAGUUCCGCACCUCCUAUGGGAGACCCACACUCUUGAAAUCGAAGGGUCGAACUUAAUACUCACGAUGGACGAGUUGAAAGAUAAUUUUGAUCCUAUUAACAUCCCUGUUGCAUUAGCUUGUGAUGGGAAUAGACGCAAGGAGCUGAAUCAAAUAAAGCGAUCUAAGGGCUUUAAUUGGGCUUCAGGUGCAGUAAGCUGCGCCUACUGGAAAGGUCCCUUGCUUAGAGACGUUCUUCGCAAAGCUGGAGUGCCUGAAAUCUUCCCGGAGGGGAAGCGCUAUUGGGUUAACUUUGAAGGUGCAGAUGAGCUGAGUGAGGGCAAAUAUGCAACUUGCAUUCCUUUCGAGUAUGCCAUGGACUCUAACAAUGACGUGAUAUUGGCCUACGAGAUGAAUGAUGUUCCUCUCCCCCCUGACCACGGACACCCUAUCCGACUCGUCAUCCCUGGAUAUGUUGGGGGACGCUGCGUAAAGUGGCUAAAGAAAAUAUGGCUGAGCGACAUGGAGAAUGACAGCCACUACCACAUAUGGGACAACAGAGUUCUGCCAAGCUUCAUUACAGAAAUGGACGGGGAAUUUUCAAAAACUAUGUUCUCUCAUCCGGAUACAUUGUGCAACGAGCAGAAUUUAAAUAGCGUUAUUGUCAAGCCUGCCCAAGGCGAAAAGAUUUCGCUCACAGAAGCUAGGAAAGGGAAGACGUACAGGAUUAUGGGCUAUGCAUAUGAUGGUGGUGGCCAUGAGGUGCAACGAGUUGAGGUAUCUCUUGACGAGGGUGAUACAUGGUUGUAUUGUCUAAGAAAGUUUCCGGAUAGACCAAUAAGACAUGGCAAUAAGUAUUGGACAUGGUUGCAUUGGCAUUUAGAUGUGGAAAUAACGCAUUUGCUUCGGGCAAAGAGUAUCGCUGUCCGCUGCCACAACGUUUUCAAGAAUACUCAGCCAGAAAGGCCUAGUUGGAACAUCAUGGGGAUGAUGAACAACUGCUGGUACGUUGUUAAGCCUGAGACAGUGCAAGGCUUCAACAAUGCCGUUCCUGAGAUUGUUUUUACUCAUCCCGUCGAGCCUGGGACUAGCGAUGGAGGCUGGUUGAAAGAAUCCACGGAAUUACAGAUCUCGAACGCAAAGCAAGCCGCUGGAGGACCGCAAAAACAAUUCACGCGAGAAGAGAUUGAGAAGCAUAACAAAGAUAGAGAUUGUUGGAUUGUGGUCAACGAUAAAGUGUACGAUGCCACUAGUGUUCUGGAAUGGCAUCCUGGCGGAAAGGCAGCCAUAAUGGGCCAUGCCGGCAAGGUUCAUGAAGAAACCAGCAGUGACUUCAACAGUGUCCACGAUGGAUACGCGUUUGAAAAAUUAAAAGAGUGCAUCCUUGGGAUGGUAACGGAGAAGGCCAAGAACUUCAUAAAAGCAAAUGCCAAGAAAGCAGCGGAAGAGAAAGCUAAAUCCGCGAAGGGCGACACUACUGUCGCAUUGCAAAAACAUAGGUGGAUUCCUGCCCGCCUCAAAAAACGCGAGGCUAUCUCUAAAGACACUCGCAAAUAUACCUUUCAACUUCCCGACAAUAAAAACAAGCUAGGUCUCGCAACCUGCCAACAUAUUCAACUUGGAUUCCACUUCAAAGACAAGAUGAUAAUUAGAUCCUAUACGCCCGUCAGACCAAUCCUCGCCACGGAGGAAGAUGGGACUUUUCAACUCGUAGUCAAGACGUAUUUUCCCGACAACAGCCAACCUGGAGGGGCAAUAAGCAACAUACUUGAUUGCAUGCCGCUUGGUGAGGAGGUUGAUAUCCGCGGACCCACAGGUGAUAUCGUUUACGAAGGUAACGGGAAGUUCAAUAUCGAGGGCGAGGAAAUGAACUUUCGUCGCGUGACGCUCAUUCUUGGAGGCAGCGGAAUCACGCCUGGAUACCAACUCAUAUGCCGCAUCCUCAUGUUACAAGGUGACAAAACAGAGAUAAGGGUGAUUGACGCCAAUAGGAGCGAGUCUGACAUAUUGCUUCAAGGCGAGAUGGAGAAUUUACAGAAAAAACAUCAAGGGCAGUUCAAGAUCACACAUGUGUUAAGUCGACCGAGUGAUGAUUGGAAGGGAUUGAAAGGAUAUGUCAACCCCGAUAUCAUUCGGAAACACGCAUUUGCGCCAGCGGAAGGUAGCGUUGUUCUCCUAUGCGGACCCCCAGCCAUGAUUCAAAAAGCUGCGCUGCCAGCCGUAAAAGACUGGGGAUAUGAGGAGGAGAAAAAUUGCUUUGGCUUCUAG